AUUUUCUUCUACUCUUUCUCCCCUUUCUUUCUUUGCUCCCGAGAGCAAAAUACUCAGCCCUGCCAAACAACGCCGGCCACCGUACUGGUGGCAAUCUCUUUAGUGGUCGGCUCUCCUUCCGACCGGCGCCAUUCACAGUGAACAGACCCACAAGAAGCCUCAAACCGGACGACGUCUCCUCCUAACUGAAAACCAAAAGCUACCGAUUUCUGGCCGUAAAUCGGCCUCUCUACGAGCCUCGACCACCAGCAAUGGUGGUCGGUUGAAUCUAAACGAAACUCUAGGCGAACUAAACCUCCCCUCCUUCUCUUCUAAAGCCCGAACUCGAGAGCCACACCGACCAUUCGAUUCUAAACCCGACGAUGGCGACAUCCUUAUUCCGGCGACGUCACCACUAUCAAAGUUGAAGGUGCCGUGAUUUGUGAAGAUAGUGGCCUUGCUGCUGCAGCAGGGUAUGGCGUUGGUAGGCAUGGGUGGGGAGCUGGCAGGGAUGGUGUAUGCAGGGCAUAGGACAAAAAUUGGUGAUUACCUUCUAUAUUCAUCGUCAGAGUAUAUUCUAAAUAAUUUAGAAUCAUUAUUAAACAGCAUGUCAGAUUCAUAAUUAAUUCAUACAAGUAUGUUAAUCAUUUAGCAUUUGAAUCAUUUCGCUAUUAAUCAUUCUAAAAUAAAUAAACAGUUCUUAUGUCUUUCAUUAAGAUUCCUAUAUAGUGGGGUUCCUAGAAAGCAGGAUGAUAAAGUAAUAGCAUGAGCUUGCUGUUCUAGUGUGAUUGGGGCACCUUGAGCUUGCAUUGUGUAACUUCCUAGUAGGCAACUGACUUGAAAAACCUCUUCCGUCUCUGUUAGACAUCGUGAUUGUUUUGCUCACUCUAUAGGAGAUACGGGUCCUGAUUUUAGUCCCAAAAUGGCUGUUAAAUCUAUGACUGAUCAGUAGAUGGUUCGCAUUCAACAGUUAUUUUAUCAGGCUAAAUUUGACGACCCCGGUGGUGAUUGUCUAAGCCAUGCAGAUGAAUACAAUCUUCGCUCAGGAAUUAUAAAGGAACUACACCCUGCUAUGGUUGUAACUUAUUCUGGCAGUGCUCAAGUUUUUGAGCGACACCUAUUCAUUGUGGAAGCUGGUGUUGGUUUGGGUGGAAAAAAUGUCGAACAGGCUAGUGCAUGCUCUUCCGAGAAUUUAGUCAGUAAUGCAAAGUCUCCUGCCAAUUGUUUUGCAAAGUACAAGAACAUUGUUGGCCUUGAUGAUGUGAACGGUGUAAAGGAUUCUUUCUGUCUUAGCAUCUUCCUCGGUGGGAUCCGUAACGUGAAAAAUCUGAAUUUUAGUAUUAGAAUUUGAUUUCAUUUAAUUA